AUGGAUUCGUCAGAGAGAAAUGCUAAUUGGAAGUUCACUCCAGCUUCCUCUGUCACGGCACAACUUAUUCCACAUUUCGAUGCUUCUUCAACUCCUCCUCCUGAGAAUCCAGAUGGUUCGGUUCCUUGGUCAUCCGGCCUAUUCGACUGCGGUGCCGAUGUUAAGAACUGUUGCAUAACAAUGUGGUGUCCAUGCAUUACCUUUGGUCAAAUCUCAGAGAUCAUGAAUGAGGGAACCUCCUGUGUUUCACAAGGAGCAAUCUAUGCACUGCUCAUGUUCUUACCAGGCAUAGGAUGCAUCUUCUCGGCUGGCAAUCGGUUAUGUAUGAGACAGCGAUUUGGCCUCGAAGAGAGUCCUUGUGGGGAACCCUGUGGGGAUUGCCGGGUUCAUUGCUUGUGUGAGCAAUGUGCUCUUUGCCAAGAGUACAGAGAGCUCAAAAGCCAAGGAUUCGACAUGAACAUAGGAUGGCAAGCUAACAUGGAAAAGCAGAUCCUAGCAGCAGCAGCUGGAGUGGAGGACGCUCCCACCUUGGAAGGGAUGACCCGGUUGAUUGAAUAG